CGCUACAAUUCAAAAAAGUCCCCAAAGUAACUAGUUUGACGCACAAAGUGAGCGUCAAGCGUCAGCAUGAAAAUGCACCUUAAUAGUGUCUCCCCGGACGCAGCCUACUUCACCUACAUGUGACGGCAACCUACUUAUUAAAUUAGGACACUAUAUAUGUAAAUUUUGACAAAUAAAUUUUUACACAUGUUCUUUUUUAAUAGUCUUGUUACGUUGCUCAGUACAUGGAUUAUGUAGCGGAUCAUCUUGAGAUGAAGCAGUUAAUUGCAGAUUAUAUCCAGACACUUCUUGUUGUAAAGCCUGUCGAUGUCAUAGACUUUACAAUACAGCACUUCAAAACAUUUGCCCGUGAAUCAAAGGUGUGGAACACCAUCAACAUAUUGGCAAAGCAAUCUGAUAUUGACAUAAAUCUGCAUCUACCAAGAGAUUAAUCAGACCCUGUAGUUUUUG